AUGUUGUCCUCUCGCUUGCAGAAGCACCCGAGAUUUGCUUCGAAGAGCCACCACGAGAUCGGAGCUACCACCAAAACAUCAUCGCAAGUCAACCUCUUACACGUCCAUACCACUUCAUUGCAGCAGCAAACAGAACCCAUCCAAACAGAUAAUGCUCUAUCGGUCAUCGAAAUGAAGAAGCUUUUGAACGUGUUCGUCCCCAAGGCGGCUAGUUAUGCUAGCACGCCACCACCUGGUCGUGACUUUUCAGGUUCAAGAUACGGCCCAGGCAGCACCCCAACCAAUAGAGCCCAGAGCCUCCGAAGCGAUGAGGUUCCUUUGCUUGCUGAUCGCCAAGGAGACAACGAUAGCAUCAGCUCAUUGAACAUUGGUGAUCCGCAAUUUGGCGUCAGAGGUGGAGCCAGCCUUGACGGACCCGUCCUCAGAGAGAACGUCGCUGAAAGUGGAGGCAUUGAUGGUACCAUGGAUUCGUCGGAAGCAAGUAAGUCAUUCAAAGAGCUUCGGCUUGAAAGCUGUGAUGCUAAAUAUAGAAAAGGCAAGUCACCAAAAACAGCGGAGAUUAAGGAACGUGUUGAUAUCUUGCGAGCUGCUAUCCAGGAAAAGGGUGUCGACGAGAAGAUAAGAAAAUCCAUCGACGCAGAAUUGCACGCUUUUAUGAUGGUUAUCAACGAACUCAACUGGGAGGAAGUUGUUAUCACGCACAGAGAUAAAUUCCUCGAAGACUUGUUGAAGACGUACUCUGAAGAUUUCUUGGGCAGCUUCAGAAAAUGCGAAUUCGCAAUUGUUUUUGACAGCAAAGUAGCACUUUGCAAGAAGUGGUACGAUGAGAUGGUCGCUCGCGUAAUCAAGUUGCAGAGCUCAUUCCAAGAAGUUGAGGCAGCGAAGAAGGUUGAAGACAGAGUCGAGCAUUACCGCGCCGCUCAAAUGUACAAAGUUGGAGGAGCAUUACAUUGUAUCCAGCUAAUUCCAAAAUCAAAUGAUGGAACCUGGUUGACUGCAUUGCCCCACCCAUGCCAAAUAACCUAUGCGACGGGUGAUUGGCAGAAGGCUGCAGGAUAUGGUGCCCAGGGAUUUGUUCCAGGAGAGUAUGAGAAUCUCACCCAAGACCUUUUUGCAAUGCUGACACAGACUUAGCUGGUGGCCCAAUCCAUCUUGCGCUGCCCGUGAUGGCAUGCUGAGAGAUCCAUACGAGGAAGCAAACUUGUCGAGCGACGGUGGAAUGUGUGUGUUGGUGAUGAAUGGGGGAAUUGUGGCAAGUGAUACAUUCGACAAAGUGACAUAUGUUCGGGAAACAAAUGAAGUUGAUACAAUCUCACGAUUGUUCAACAACCAUGGUCAUCCAAUCCGCAUCAUUCGCGGCUAUCAAUUGCAAGGUUCUCAUCUGGCUCCAAUGGGAGGUUUUCGCUAUGACGGCCUGUAAGAACCAUUCCCAGCAUUCUCGAUAGCACUUGCUUGAUCAGAUACUGACGAUAUACAGGUACAAAUUUCAUAGCCGGAAGCAGAUGCCAAAACUCAUGGGGUUCCGCGUCGAGGUUACGUUGACGAGACUGCCCGGCCAAACACCAAUCCAUGAAGUGACUCGGACUCCGAGACCCUCACAGAUGGACGAGUGGGAGAUAUAUAACAAGUUGCAUUUUACCAACGAUGGAAACACGUUGGAUAAGAUUGCCCCUCACACCCCGUUCAGCUCGCCCGCAAAGAACUAAGGCUGCUCGAAUAUGCUAUACACGACCAAAAAACCGUGGAGGAUUGCUGCGAAGAGUUCUUUUGUUCGGUGGAAACUGCCAGUAUGAUUGAUGCCUGCUCAAUCUGAGGUCUCUCUUGAAUUGUUCAGGAAUAGAGUACGCCGCAAUAUCUGAUUUGUUAUGAGCUUAUUUGGUCUCUGAGGAGUGACAGGAAUUUUAUGGAGAGGUAUAAGCAGGCAGGUUGCUAGGAUAUGGAAUGGGAGGUUUGUUGUAGUAGUAUAAGGGUGA